AUGGUUAAAGGUAUUGAUCUAAACUUGCUCAGUGACCUGCUUCAUACUUCUAUCCCUACUGAUAUUGUUGUUAAUCUUAUCAAAGAUAUUACCAUGAAUGAAAUUAAAGAUGGAUUUUUUCUCUCAAGACUCUCUAAAUUAAUUCCAAAUCUCAUCACCCUCAAUCAAACAACUUUUGUUAAGGGGCGAUUCAUUGUUGAUAACUCCCUGCUGGCCCAGGAAUUAGUGAGAGGGUACAACAGAAAGCAUUUAUCUCCUCGUUCUGUUAUGAAAAGUGACCUCCAUAAAGCCUUUAAUUCUAUUAAUUGGGGAUUUAUCUAUGUUGUUUUAAAGGCUAUUGGUCUUCCUCCUAUUUUUAUUUCAUGGAUUGAAACUUGCUUCAUGAUUGCUAGCUUUUCAGUUUCUUUAAAUGGAAGUCCGAUUGGGUAUUUUAGAGGAGCAAGGGGUGUAAGUUAUCAUCCCAAAUGUAAGCGCAUUGGCCUUACCCAUCUCUCAUUUGCUGAUGAUUUACUAAUCUUCUGCAAUGGCACUGUGGACUCUAUCAUUGGGGUUAAAUCUGUUCUUGAUGCUUUUUAUGAAAUUUCUGGACUGAAAUUAAAUGCUUCACAAUGUGAUCUUUUUUCUGCUGAUAUUCCUAUUUCAACACUUGAGGAUCUAAGUCUGAUUACUGGAUUCAAAAUUGGCAGGUUGCCAAUAAGGUAUUUGGGCAUUCCUCUGGUUAUUAGGAAAAUAAUUGAAAACGAUUGUUCUUCCCUUAUUGAUGCCAUCAAAUCUCGGUUGCAUCUUUGGUCUGGUAAGACCCUGAGUUAUACUGAAAGAUUAGAGCUUGUUCGAGCUGUUUUAUUUAGUAUUACUAAUUACUGGUGCAGGUUCUUUUGGAAAGGGGCUGAUAAACCAGCUGCUGGUGCAAGAGUGAGUUGGAAACAAAUCUGCCGGCCUAAAACAGAGGGUGGUCUGGGACUCAAAGACUUGAAAAUAUGGAACAAAGCUUGCAUGAUGAGCCUAAUCAAGAAUAUCCUUGCUGGUGAAGGAUCUUUGUGGGUAGCAUGGUUAAAGAGCUAUAUGUUAUGUUCCAACGAUUUCUGCAUAGUCUCAUUGCGUGGAUGGCUCCCUACCAAAGAGAGACUGUACCGAAUGGGGAUCGCUAAAGACUGCAAUUGCUUACUUUGUGAUGCUAGUAUAGAAACCAGAAAUCAUCUAUUUUUAGAAUGUUCGUUGCCAAUGCACUAUGGACUACAAUCUUCUCCCUCAAUGGUCUUCGAUUUAGACACUCCAAUUGGGAUGAUCUAUUCGAAUGGGCAGCUGCUACCUGGAAGGGUAAAUCCCUCCUUACUUCUAUCAUGA